UCAGUCUCGGUCCGCCGCUCGACGUGACGCGCCGUUAUCGAUAUCGACGCUUAUCAUGUAGUUCUGCUAUCUCACGUGGCCGUUUCAACGUUUGCUGCAAGCAUUGCUGAAUUUAAACAUUGAAAUCAUUUUAUUUCUAAAUAUUAGAAAACAAAACAUUGCAAAACUGUGUUUCAUUCGUGUGAGAUCAUCAUCGACAAACAGUUCGAAGCAGACAAGUUGAGGUUAAAAGAACGCGCUACUGGAUUAGUCAUCAGCUGCUCGCCACAUUAUCUUAUCUCCGAGAUUUAUUAAUUCGGUGCGUGUAUGGUUACAGCACUUAUUCACACAACUGCCGCCGCUGGCAGAGUGAAGCAUCAUCAUUAGCGCUUUCCGGGAUAACGUAAAAACCACUUAAACGGUUCUUACUUUUUACACUCACCCUCCAAAGUGACGAAAAAACUGAUUUCCGGUGCAGCGUCGUCGUGUCAAAGGCAACUAACUAGUUUCGCGAAAACGUCCAGCAGCUGGGUGCCAUGUGUCACCGCCAUGUCUGGAUGUUGGAUUGACUGACUGUUGUUGCUUUAAUGCCUUCCACAACCGGGAUGCCAGCCACGCCAGCCAGUGCAGUGCGAUGCCGUCGGUCGUAACAGUUUCGUACAGUCGGGACCAGUGCGUGUGAUUUCUUCCUAAACGACGUUUCGAUUAGGUGUGUGCACGCACACGCAUCGCGCGCAGAUAUUUAACGUACGCGCAAUACAAACAUUUCGCUAAAAAUAGAUGCGGCGUUGAAGCAUUAACGUAUACGCGCGCGUCUCGAUUCUCUGCAGCCGCGUGAGCAAACGUAAAUAUAUAUACGGUGAAGAUGAGGUGCGUUAACGCAAUUACGAUGCUCGCCUUCUUGCUGAUGAUGAGUGCGGUGGCACCCAGCGCGUCGGUGAUUGCAUCGCAUGCGGACACCAAGGAUCAGGAGGGACAGUGCGAGCAGAUUACGAUACCGAUGUGCCGCGAGAUCGGUUACAAUAUGACGCGAAUGCCCAACGAGUUGAAUCAUUACAAUCAGGAGGAAGCCGGACUGGAAGUGCAUCAGUUCUGGCCGCUGGUGCAGAUCAACUGCUCGCCGGAACUGCAGUUCUUCCUCUGCUCUAUGUACGUGCCCAUCUGUCUACCGGAUUAUCAGAAGCCGCUGCCACCGUGCCGCGACCUGUGCGCUCGGGCGCGAUUAGGGUGCGAACCAAUCAUGCAGCAGUACGGUUUCCAGUGGCCGGACCGCAUGGACUGCAAUCGUUUUCCGGUCCAGGGCGCAUCAACGGACAGUCUGUGCAUGGACCAGAACAAACCAGAAUCUCCACCGCCACCUCCAGCGAAGCCUCCAACAGCCAAGCCGCCAAAGAGCAACAAAAAGUGCAAAGAUCCAAAAAACUGCGCGGAUCCCCUGGGCGGGGGAAAGCGCGGAAAAGAUUGCACGUGCAGCUGUCAGAAGGGGCUGGUGCCGGUGACGAACCAAAGCGUGUCCGUGGCCGGCGUCGCAAACUGUGCGUUCCCGUGCAAGGAGACGUACUUCACUCCCGACGAAAAGGAGUUCGCCGCCGUGUGGAUCACGCUCUGGUCGGGCCUGUGCGCCGCCUCGACCUUAAUGACACUAACCACCUUCCUAAUCGAGACUGAGCGUUUCAAGUACCCGGAGAGACCAAUUGUCUUUCUAUCCGGGUGCUACUUCCUGGUAUCCGUUGGCUACCUAGUGAGGGUCUUUUUGGGGCACGAAGAAGUUGCUUGCAAUGGCCCCAUCAUCAAAUACUCAUCGACCGGUACGAAUCCAUGUUUCUUCGUAUUUUUCCUUAUUUACUUCUUUGGAAUGGCCUCGUCUAUUUGGUGGGUCAUACUGGCGUUUACAUGGUUCCUAGCCGCUGGUCUUAAAUGGGGCAAUGAAGCGAUUGCUAGCUACUCUAUUUACUUCCACCUCGCCGCUUUGCUCGUCCCAUUUGUGCAAACUGUAGGCGUUUUAUCAUCGGGGGCCGUGGAUGGUGACCCCGUUUCGGGAAUAUGCUACGUUGGCAAUAUGAAUAUGGAUAACUUAUGGACGUUUGUGUUAGCUCCACUGGUAGUCUACUUGUUAGUGGGCACGAGUUUCUUGUUUGCCGGAUUCGUUUCACUAUUCCGUAUUCGAUCGGUGAUCAAGAAACAGGGCGGAGCUGGUGCUGGAUCGAAAGCCGAGAAGCUCGAAAAGCUCAUGAUUCGCAUAGGAAUCUUUAGUGUACUCUACACGGUGCCAGCGACUAUCGUCAUCGCUUGUCAUCUCUACGAGAACACUUACCACAACGAAUGGCUGUCGUCGAUGGCGUGCUCGUGCCCCAGCAGCCCCGGCAGUUCCAUGACGAACAAGCGCUCCAAAGUCAUCCCAUUGUACUCAGUUCUAAUGCUCAAAUACUUCAUGGCACUAGCUGUCGGCAUCACGUCCGGCGUAUGGAUUUGGUCCGGAAAGACACUCGACUCGUUUAGGAGAUUAUGGCGGCGACUCGUCGGGCGGCCUGAUCCGACCGGGGCAGGCGCGGUGUUGAUCAAAUCGCGACCAGGCAAGGCACCUCCGCAAUACCUAGUGGCAGGACCUGGCAGUGCGUCACUCUUGGGACCCGCUGGAAGCGUCGCGUCCGCCAGCCAGCACCAUUUGCACCACCAUGUUCUCAAACAGCCGCCGCUAAGUCACGUAUGACAGGCGGGCGAGGGGGCCGCACCUGUUGUUGUUAGUCAUCAGGGUCCCGGUUCCGGGCCUUCCUUGAGCAACUACGGGCCCAUUUGAGUGACCGCCUGGGCCCCUCGUCAUUUGGUCACCGCUCUCUAGUCUCGUUAUAUUUAACACGUCUAAACGGUUUUAAUUGGAUAGUGCCAGUGAUGCGAUGGGACAUUCGUUCGGACGAAAGGACUGUUUGUAAUAAUAUAUAACUUAUUUAUUUUUUAACCGGCAAACAUUGUGUUUGAGCGUUCUAUCAUUGUGAUUAUUUGAGAGCAUUUAUAUUAGAUCAGUUUCCUUUUAAUUGCAUAUACACCAGGAUGUAACAUUCACUGUGCCAUAGCAAAGCGAAAACUAUGAUUAUUUGCGGCUCUUAUUAUUUUCAUUGUACAAUUUUUGAUGUUGACUUUUAUUACGUGGUUCAUACAAGAGCAGAAUCGGCCUCGAACUCGAUUUCGUCUAAUUGAAUAGUAACUAUAUUAUUGACGAGUGUAUGCCAAAACACGAACUUGACUAGACCAAAUCCAAACGCAAAACAAUAAAAGAAGCACACAUGCGUUUACUACAGUGUUUCGAUGCGAACAAGUUGCUAACAACAAACCGAAACGAUGUGAGAUUUUAUAUACGUAAUUAAUAAUUGGAAUCAAUAACUAUUGAUUAAUAAAUAAUAGAGAAUUAGGAAUAAUCUUAUAUAAAAAAGAGAUGUGAUUUAGAUACUAUUACGAUGUAAUAAUGAAACUACAAAAAACCAAACAAAAUAUUCAAGUGACGAAGCAAAACUGUAAUCAAACUAAUUAAUGUAACGUAUGAAAGGUCAUUAUUGGUUCGGAGGGUUCCCGAGAAAUGCAGCCAUACAAAUGCGUGCCAUUUUAAUUAAACGUUGAGUUCACUUGCGAGUAAAACUGAGAUAGGGACCAUAUUUUCAAAAUUCCAACAUUUGCUGACAAAACGAAAACAAAAUACGAAAGGGAAUGCUGAAUUCUAUAUUGGACUCAAACCGAUGUGUACAUAUUAUUUCGUAGAAGUCAAGAGUUGCUUUCAUAGUUAACGAGUUGAAUCGAUUUUUGUACUUAUCAACAAGAAAAGUGUCUAUUUAAUCAUUUAUACACCUGUAUAUAGUUCAACAUGAAUAAUAGCAUAACAAUUCUUGUAAUACGACGCUAUGGAAUAUUGUAAGCCACGUUUUAUAAUAAUAUUUCCGUAAUAUUCAUAAUCAUAGUCAAAAAGAAAAUGUCUGCCUGUUGUUACAGAUAUCGUUUACGCGCGGUGCCAUCUUUAAAAGGCGUGCGCUGAAUUUAGCAGUUACGACAUAUCAAUGAUCAGUUUAUUUCGCAAUAAUUGUGUAUAACGAAUCUUAACGAUCUGUUGCCUACCUUAGUUGUUCUUUUUUUACCUACCAUUGUAAUGUUUAUGUAUCAUGCACAAAAAUGGGCGCAGAAAAUGCAGCGCUAAGCGGAGAUUGUUCUUUUGUAUAAAUGGAUUUACGUUUUUUGUGGAUCGUCAAACUAAAGAGAAAAAAAAAAAACAAAACAGGAAUAUUUAUCUCCCGUCUGUACAGGUUUUUUAAAAGUAAGGAAACUUAUUUCUUUGUAAAGUUGUGAGUGUAUAAAAUAGAAUAUACGGACAUAAUUAAAUAUA